AUGGGCCUGCAGGAAGUUUCAUGGCAUGGCACUGGAGAACUGCGUGUUGCUGAUUUCAAUAUACUGUGGUCGGGCCCAGCUGAGGGUCAUAGCAGGGCAUUGUGGUUAAAACAAGACCUACCCCUAGAUUCAAUAUCCGUUUUAUACGGAUAUAACGUCACUGCCGCAACAUACGCGGCCGAGGUGUCGUCUAAACAUUUUUGGUCACAUAGCUCGUGCCAGUCCCAUGAAGGAUCAUUACCAGGCUUUAAAAGCUGUCAUAGACCGACCGCCACCGGACUGGACUCGAUCGCGCGGCCAUUCAAAACAGUCAUAAAUCCGAUCAGUAAAGUAGGACCUUACCCCUCAUCAACUACGGUCCUUACUCGGCCUGGAGACUUGCUCAUGAUUGCUUAA